GGUGCAUUUAACUACCGAAGGAAUGCCGCAAUAGACUAAGCUCCAAGAAGGCUAGUAUAUCGUGAUAGAACAAGCCUUGUUAUCAUUACUAUAGCCCCCGAGCACUUGCUUGGUUGUUCGCGUAUCCUUAUCAUAAGGCAAUCGGUUUAGCCGAGGCCGCGUCCAUUCUCCGACCGUCAUUCUCGGUUGCUGUGAUCGCCAUCAAUGACCUGUCUUCCUCUCUUCUGCUCCAUCUUCCCUAUCUAUCUAAUUAUUGCUUCUGCUCCAUUCUAGUAUCUAUUCAGAUUUAUAUUGUAUAUGAUGAACUGCAUUGGUUCGGUAUUCGCGUGAAGUUGACCUCCAAUCCCCCUUCGCUCCACCAUGAUCAGUGCUACGAGGCGCUGGUUUCGGCGCAAUCGCAAAACCCUCGCAAUCGGCACAGGCGUCAUCGGAGUAGGAUAUCUUGCAGGACAAUAUGUACUGUCCAAGAUUUCGGAAGCACGAGAACGCAUGAGCAGUGACCGUAUUUCCAGAGAGAAUUUACGACGACGAUUUGAGCAAAACCAGACUGAUUGUACAUAUACCGUGCUGGCUUUGCUGCCGACUGCGGCAGAGGACAUCUUAGAGGCGCUCCCGGUGGAGGAGUUGACGAAGGAGCUACAGAAGAAACGCGCGGAGCGGCUGGCCCGUCUUAAUGCCGGGGAAGGGACAACAACCGGGUCGGACAUGAGCUCUGUAACCCCCAGUCUGCCCGACGACGAUAGAAAAAGCCUGUCAAGUGAUUCUUUCCUGCGUACCAGCCAACUCGGCGAUUCGACUGUUGAAGGAGAUCCAUCCUCCCAGCCGAAGCGGAACAAGACCCAGCUUUGGAACGAGGUCAAGAUUACCUCGACUACUCGAGCAUUCACCCUCAUAUAUACCCUAUCGUUGUUGACUAUCUUCACACGCGUCCAACUCAACCUACUUGGCCGCCGGAACUACCUUUCGAGUGUGAUUUCUCUAGCCACACCCCCCGCCGACUCUUCGACGAUUAGGCUAGAGGACCACGAUGAUGAUCUUACGCAGACCUUGGGAAAUGAUUUCGAGACUAACCGACGGUAUCUCGCCUUUAGCUGGUGGCUGCUCCACCGUGGCUGGAAGCUAUUGAUGGAGGAGGUUCAGACGGCAGUGGAGGAGGUGUUUGGUUCACUUAACCCACGGGAUGAUAUUUCGUUUGAGAAACUAUCGGAAUUGACUCUCCAAGUUCGAAAGAAGGUUGAAGGCAACACUGAGGAAGAUAGGAAGCACCGAAAGUGGCUCUCCUAUUUACUUCCUCCACGAGAAGAAGAAGAUAACCUGCUUGAGGAAUCUGGCGUCCUCGGGGUUACAGAAGCUGCCACCCCCCAAACCGCGGCGACGCUACGACACCUCCUCGAUGAGACGGCCGACCUAAUCGACUCCCCAACAUUUACUCGUGUUCAGAUGCUUCUGAACAAUGAAUGUUUCGAGACAUUGAUACAGCAGUGCAAGGCGGAUGCAUUCAAAUCCGCGGGGCCCGUGACUGCACCACAAUCCUUUACAUCUGUUGGUACAAUUAUUCCACCCUGGCAGGAUUCCGAACUCAAGACGAAGCUGGCGAAUGUCCUGGCAGUGCUUGCUCGACAAGCACAUGUUAUUGGCAACGGGGCCUCUCCUCCAAAUCUAUACGUGUCCGCAAUGGACCAAGGCGUUCGGGAGCUGGAAGCAUUCGCGGCAGUGGUGUACAGCUCAAACUUCGACUCAGAGCUUCUCGGUGCUGGAUCCGGAUCCGGAUCCUCCGGCGGGGCAGGCACAGUGCCAGACUCCGUUUCUUCUUCCCCUAUAAUUGUUGCCCAGGACGACGGCGAGCUCGAUCAUGACCGGGUUGCUCGAGGGGUAUCAACCGUACCGGGAUUUGAUAAUAAUGAUUUGGAGAAGGCAUGGGGAAGGGCUGUUGAAGAACAACCAGGCAGUGGACCUGCAGCAUAGGCUCGACGAGCCUGGUGACAGAUAAACUCUGAAGGCAUACGGCCGUGAUACCAUCCACUCUCAUCUAUGAAGGCUAACUGGGUGGUGAUUGUAAUAUUAUAUCCAAGCUGAAUAGCACGAAUUCUU